AUGCAGAAGGAUGCCUUGAAAAAGGCAGCGGGACGUAAGGAGGAGCUGGCGGGGCACAUUAGAGCAUUCGAACUUUGUGCUGAAAGGAGUGAGGCAGACAUUGCAUCUCCGAAGGAUGACUUGAAGGACAAGUGUGCACCUAUCAGAUGCUUUUUCCUGAUGAAGAAGUCCUUCUGGCUGUUCCAAGCAUGGAAAUCUGAGAAGUUACUGGCUGAUCUUGGCAAUAAUGCUUUGUCCAAGAAGCCUGCUCUUUCACCAUCAUUUGCUGAAGCCCUGAGCCGUGCAAAACAUCAGCUGGUUGCAGAGGCUGGUGGGCUCGAGUGCUGGAACAGCCUCUUACCCUUUAAGCGCACCAAAUUGGAGUUAACAAUAGAGUUUUCCAUGGUGUGGACACUUGGACAAGAUGCCUACCUUGGGUUAUCAGAGGCAGAGAAGCAUGAGGCUGAGUUCCUUGGUGCUUCUUAUGGUGCUGAUUGCGAGCCAACUCCUGCCAAGGCGCAUGCACUGAACAAGUCAAGCCAAGGAGCAGUCAAGGCAAUCAGUCUUGCAAGCAGAAUCUUCAACAAUAAAGACACAUAUUGCUGGUAUAUGGAAAACAGAGGGCUGGUGGCCAGUCAAUUUCCCGACAUGAGCAAUGUCAGGUUCCAGUCUCAUACUGAAGCUGCGGAGGUAGUUCUCAUGGAUCAUCAAGCUAUACUUGAGUUUCUGGAAUUUGUACAAGAUAAGAAGGGUCACCGGAAACUCAAUCUCAUAGAAGUCAGCUUGUACAAGGCUCUCCACUGUUUGAAGACAAUAAUGGAGGCUGUUACCAUUGUGAUAUAUGAUAGUAUAGUCUUGCAUCCAUACUUGAAGAUGGUUUGGGGGCCAGGCACAGAGUCUCUCAAUGUGCUGGACUUGGGACUGUUACAUGAGGAACCGAAACAGCACCUCAAACUCAUUUAUACCAAUCCCAAGCUGAUCUUUGGUGCUAAUGUGCCCCCUGAGACACCUUGCUUUGGUGGUCAGCCCUGGUAUACUCCUGCUGCUAUGACUGCAGCAUUCAAACUUGGCUUCAAGCUUGAGCAUCUGUCUCCAAUCACACUAGCCCUAUUCUAG